AUGGCUGCUCAUUUCUCUUCAAUCUUCGACGUCGUAUCGACAAACAAUGAACUUGUUGCUGCUGGUACGGCAGCGAACAAUGAACCCAUCGCCGCCCCUCAGAAAUCAGUCACCAGAACAUAUCACUCAGCCCAACAACCUCAUGCCAUUGAACUCGAUAAUUUACAAUGGGGAUCCAAUGUCAGUCGACCAUCUGCAUCUGGAACCACCACACCUGGAGUAGAACCUGGAUCGGGAUGGACAACUCCAGGUUGGCAGGGUUCAACAUCCCCAAGCGCGCUGGAAGAGAGUCGACCACAAACUCCAAAUGACGAGCCGGAAUACAUCGUUCAAAGCUUCUCUAACCCUCCCAAGAAUAGAUACAGAAUGAUUGCGACCUGUUUGCUGAACUUUGGCAACGGUUUGAGUGAUGCUGCAGCUGGACCCUUGAUUCCAAGGAUGAUCAUAGCAUAUAACAUUCAAGAAAGACUCGUAUCUCUCAUAUUCAUCACGCAGGCAAUAGGCUAUAUUUCGGCAGCCUUUUUCAUAGAUGCUAUCAAAUCUCGAUUUGGAAGAGCCAAAUCUAUAAUGUUUGCUGAAGGCCUCAUGGUUAUUGGCUAUGUGAUGAUCGUUCCCAAUCCUCCAUUCCCAGUGGUUGUCCUGGCAUUCUUAUUCAUCGGAUUUGGCAUGGCAAUUAACUUGUCGUUGUCAAACGUUUUCGCAGCUAACCUCGAUAAUGGUACUAAAAUGUUGGGCUUCAUGCAUGGUUCCUACGGAGUUGGGGGUAUCAUUGCUCCAUUGGUAGCCACCACACUCGUUUCGUCUGGCAUUUCAUGGAGUCGUUACUAUUUUAUUCCGCUUGGAAUAAUGCUCGUAAAUUUAGUAUUUGCCGGAUGGGCUUUCUGGGACUACGAGGAUCCAAAUGAAACGGCACUGCUCAACUUGACUCAAUCAGGAAGCAGACCAAAGUCCAGUGCAAAGAAGGACUUGAUGGAAAUGUUGAAAGCUGCUAAAUUACCAGCUGUCUUGAUCGGUGCCAUUUUCAUUUUCUCCUAUCAAGGUGCGGAAGUUUCUAUCUCCGGCUGGGUUGUCUACUUCUUGCAACAAACCAGAGGUGCUAAUAACAAUGCUGGAUAUGUUACUUCUGGUUUCUGGGGUGGUAUCACACUCGGUCGUUUCUUACUAUCUCCUGUCGGGCACAAUAUUGGUGAAAAGAUGUUUGUGAUUAUCGUUGUGGUCUUAUCAGCUGCUUUCGAAGGAAUCGUUUGGGGUGUUCCGAACGUCAUUGGAGACGCUGUUGCGGUUUCCAUCGUCGGUCUCCUUCUUGGGCCCGUCUACCCAUGUGCUGCCUACGUUUUCACUCGCAUCAUCCCUCGCAAAUACCAAGUCAGUGGAAUGAGUGUCAUCAGUGCUCUUGGUAGUUCUGGUGGUGCCAUUGCUCCUUUCACCACCGGAGUUUUGGCUGAGUCCUUUGGCAAUUUCGUCUUGCAUCCUAUUGCUUUAGGUCUCUUUGCUGUCAUGAUGCUUUGCUGGUUCUUAUUACCAAAUGCGGAGAAGAAAGACGAUUGA